CGCGCGCGCGCCUGAGUUCACGCUGUCAGACGGCGCUGGUUUGACUUGAUGACUAAAGCGCGAGAGCUUUUCAGUUGAGCUAUUACUUUAGCUCGGUUUUUAUUUUUUUAUUUAUUAUAAAGCUCCUCCAGGGACCUCCUUGAACACUCGGUGAAGUUUUGUCACAUCAUCAUCCUACAGAUUUUAUUAAUUUUCAUAGAAUUCCCUUUUUUACAUUUACCUCAGAUUAAAAAAAACAAACUGAUGAUUUAGCUCACCAGUAAACUAAUAACCGGUUACUGUGUGAAAAGAAGAAAAAAUUACAGGCUGAAUUACAGCAUUUGACAUAAAAUGACACUAGCACAGAACUAACACAGAAAAACUAGCACAGAAAUGUGUAUCCUGUUUUUUAACCUUUCAACCGAAAACAUUUUUGGAACAUACCCCGUAUUUUUCCAUUACAAAACAUUAUAUCACCUCCCAAUCCCAAAUUGUCACCUUGUGAAUGUAUGGAGCGGUUUAUUUGAGUAACACACUUGGCCAAUAAACUUGAAUCUGAUUCUGAUUCUGAGGCAUUCCUACCUCCUGAAAACAAUCUCACUCGACUAAUAAUUCAUUUUAAUACCAGAAACACGUUAUCUAACUCCGUCUAUCUCGUCAGAGCCUUAAGUGUUGAGACCUAAUCCACUGUAUCGCUUUAGAGACUGAUUAACCAAUGUUGACGAUAUACAUCUGAGGAAAAAAUCCUUCUUUGCCCGAACACACCAAACUAAGAUUCAAUGGCGAAGUGUUGCACAGUCUCUGUUGUCAAUGUGACCAGUUUUAGCUGAGGUUCGAAAGGUCAUUGAUUUCCGUCCAAACCGUCACUCUGGCGGAUUCCCAGCAGUCCCGGGACACCAUGGCGUCCUCAGUGCGCUUCACUGUGACACCGACCAAAGCUGAGGAUGUCCCAGGUCUGUCAGAUGCAUCGCCUGACACCGGCUCACGCACCAGCGGGCGAGUCCGAUUUGGCUCACGUGAGAGCGUCAACAACAGCGAAGACACGCCGGACCGAAGCCACCAUGAACAGGAUGGAAAUUCAAAGAUCUCCAAUGUGUACAUCAAUAACAGUCACACCGUCGAUGAUGAUGAUUUCUAUGACCGAAACCUGGCGCUGUUCGAGGAAGAGAUGGACACUCGACCGAAGGUUUCCUCUCUUCUCUCGCGUCUGGUCAACUACACAAAUAUCACACAGGGUGCUCGUGAGCAUGAAGAGGCUGAAAGCAUUGGAGAGAAACGCAAACCUAGCAAGUCUCCUCAGAUGGGCACGUUCAUGGGCGUAUACCUGCCUUGCCUGCAAAACAUAUUUGGCGUCAUCCUCUUCCUCCGGCUCACUUGGGUCGUGGGCACAGCCGGAGUUCUGCAGGCGCUGUGUAUCGUCUUCAUCUGCUGCUGCUGCACCAUGCUGACUGCUAUCUCAAUGAGUGCCAUUGCCACUAAUGGAGUGGUACCAGCCGGGGGUUCAUAUUUUAUGAUCUCACGUUCGUUGGGCCCAGAGUUUGGGGGUGCAGUUGGUUUGUGUUUUUAUCUCGGCACCACCUUUGCUGGGUCCAUGUACAUCCUUGGAGCCAUCGAGAUCUUGCUGAUGUAUAUAGUCCCAUCAGCUGCCAUCUUUUACUCCCCUGAGCCUGAGGGCGAAGCGUCAGCUAUGUUGAACAACAUGCGUGUCUACGGCUCCAUUUUCUUGCUGCUGAUGUCACUUCUGGUCUUCAUUGGAGUCAAAUACGUAAACAAGUUGGCGUCAUUGUUUCUGGCUUGCGUCAUCAUUUCUAUCCUCUCCAUCUAUACCGGAGCUCUGGUCUCAGCCUUCAGUCCACCUUCCUUCCCUGUGUGUAUGCUGGGCAACCGGAGCAUCUCUCGACACGAGCUUCAUGACGACCUGUGUGUCAAAACCAUUCAGAUCGAUUCCAUUAUCAAUAGCAGCAUUGGUGAAGGCCUCAAUGACACAGAAACCUCUCCUAUUACUCCAUUAGUGGUGGAAAAGACAACAGAUCUUUGGUCACGAUUUUGUAAUUCCUCGUCGCUGAACGCAGUGUGUGAUGAGUAUUUCACUCACAACAAUGUCUCGAAGAUCGAGGGAAUACCGGGACUCGCUAGUGGAGUUAUUGCAGAGAACAUCUGGAGUUCAUACCUCAGUAAAGGAGAUAUUCUCGAACGAGGUCCAAACCCCUCUCCCAGCUCGGCCUCCUCAGACUCCAGCCACCACUUUCCAUACGUCUUUGUGGACAUCGCAACGUCCUUUAAACUGUUGGUGGGAAUCUUCUUCCCGUCUGUGACAGGUAUCAUGGCAGGCUCAAAUCGCUCAGGGGAUCUGAAGGAUGCCCAGCGCUCUAUUCCCAUUGGAACUAUUCUAGCCAUCCUCACGACUUCUCUCGUCUACCUGAGCUGCGUGGUACUGUUUGGAGGCUGCGUGGAGGGAGUGCUUCUCCGAGACAAGUUUGGAGACUCCGUGAAAGGGAACUUGGUUGUAGGAACACUUGCAUGGCCUUCACCUUGGGUCAUCGUGAUUGGAUCUUUUUUCUCGACGUGCGGCGCAGGCCUUCAGUCGCUGACCGGUGCGCCGAGAUUGCUGCAGGCCAUCGCUAAAGAUAACAUCAUCCCCUUCCUCAGGGUGUUUGGUCACGGAAAAGCUAAUGGAGAGCCGACCUGGGCUUUGCUGCUGACCGCCUUCAUUGCUGAAAUGGGCAUCCUCAUCGCUUCACUGGACUUGGUCGCUCCUAUUCUAUCUAUGUUUUUCCUGAUGUGUUAUCUGUUCGUGAAUCUGGCGUGUGCUCUUCAGACUUUGCUUAGGACCCCCAACUGGAGACCUCGUUUCUCCUAUUAUCAUUGGAUUCUCUCAUUUUUGGGGAUGGUCAUUUGCCUGGCUCUAAUGUUCAUCUCAUCGUGGUACUACGCAAUCGCAGCCAUGGUGAUUGCCGGCAUGAUUUAUAAGUACAUUGAGUAUAACGGGGCAGAGAAAGAGUGGGGAGAUGGUAUUAGAGGUCUCUCUCUGAGUGCAGCUCGCUUUGCCCUGCUCAGGCUGGAGGAGGGGCCACCACACACCAAGAACUGGAGGCCCCAGCUUCUGGUUUUGCUAAAGCUAGAUGAAGACGCUCACGUUAAGUCUCCACGCCUUUUGACAUUUGCCUCCCAGCUGAAGGCAGGAAAAGGUUUAACCAUCGUGGGCACCGUCCUUAACGGAAACUUCCUUUACUCUUACGGAGAAUCUCUCGCUGCUGAACAGACACUAAAGCACCUGAUGGAGAAAGAGCGGGUGAAGGGCUUUGUGCAGUGCAUCGUGGCCCAAAAGCCACGUGAAGGCAUCAGUCACAUGAUCCAGUCAAGCGGCCUGGGCGGCAUGCAGCCAAACACAGUGGUAAUGGGAUGGCCACAUGCCUGGAGACAGAGCGAAGACCCGCAAAGCUGGAAGACGUUCAUCAACACUGUGCGUUUAACAACAGCAGCCCAUCUCGCUCUACUGGUGCCCAAGAACAUCUCUCUGUUUCCCACGAAUAGCGAGCCGUAUACAGAAGGUUAUAUCGACGUGUGGUGGAUCGUACAUGACGGAGGCAUGCUCAUGCUCCUGCCCUUCCUACUGCGGCAACACAAGGUUUGGCGUAAAUGUGGGAUGCGCAUUUUCACUGUUGCUCAGAUGGAGGAUAACUCCAUUCAGAUGAAAAAGGACCUUGCCACCUUCCUUUACCACCUGCGCAUAGAGGCUGAAGUCGAGGUUGUAGAGAUGCAUGACAGCGAUAUCAGUGCGUAUACGUAUGAGAGAACUCUGAUGAUGGAACAGCGAUCUCAGAUGCUCCGCCAGAUGCGCCUUUCCAAAUCCGAUCGAGACCGAGAGGUGUUAUCUUGUGACGAGGAGUCUAACAACUGCAGCCCCAAACAUAGUGCAGAGACAAGCAAUAUAAAAGAAGACAGAGGGAGUGAAAGUGAGAGUGAGACAGAGAAAAAGAGAGCACAGCUAGUAAAGGACAGGAACUCGAUGCUACGUUUGACGAGCAUUGGCUCCGAUGACGAUGACGACACCGACGGAGCUGCAGGGACAGAAAAAGUGGGCGGAGCCAUUGACCAUAGGCGUGUCCACAUGACCUGGACUAAAGACAAAGCACUGGAGCUGCGUGCACAAGCGCACAUUCCCUCCGGCUGCAGCACACCCGAGGGAUUCAGAGACAUGCUCAGUAUCCGGCCGGAUCAUUCCAACGUUCGGCGCAUGCACACGGCCGUCAAACUCAACGAGGUCAUCGUAAAUAAAUCCCACGAUGCCCGGCUGGUCCUACUCAACAUGCCAGGACCACCCAGGAACCCAGAGGGGGACGAAAACUAUAUGGAAUUUUUGGAGGUUCUGACCGAAGGCCUGGAGCGCGUCCUGUUGGUCAGGGGUGGAGGAAGUGAGGUCAUCACUAUUUAUUCUUGAUUGCCAGUAAACGUCAUUCAGCUGAUGAUUAACGGAACUGUUAAGCAGAACCCAUUGUGGAUGAUGCAUCACUAACUGUGUCUCAAACUUGCUCCGCUUACUCUAUUAAGCUCCACCUACCAUCCACAUCAGCCUGUGGUCUCCAGCACCAGUGUCACCAUUUCCAUGUGAAUGACAUGAUGGUUAUGAGCAUGCAGAGAAGCGCAGUGUUGGACCAACUGAUGAGAAACUCUCACACACACGUACAUCACACACAUCACACAGUGGGACAGUGAGAGUGUUCCAUGGAUUGACUCAGGGGUUGUUGUACUUGAUGGACCUCGAAUGUGUGUGUGUUUGUGUGUGGUAGUGUUAGAACCAUUUUCUGUGUUCCAGUUUAUUGUUAAGACAUUCUUAAAGAUUGUUUUAUUUGUUUAAUGAGAGUUGAGCGUCGAAGGGCAGAGAAUUCAAAACGUUUUUUUUCCCCUAGCAAUAAGAAGCAGGCAUUGUUGCACAUUUUGUCAAUGUUUCCACAUGCUAUUUUAGUGGUGUUUAUUAAUGUGUUUGCAUGUUAGUGUUUAUGUGCAAGCGUUCGAUCCCUCUCUUGGAAUAUGCGCGUAAUUUUGGUUUUUUAUUUCCUUUGAACAGCCAAAAUGUGCUUUCAGCUUUUCCACUGAAAUUCCUGCACUAUUUUAAUGAUUGUAUUUGUGGUCCUUGCUCUUUUUUUUUAUGUCUUCAGAUCAACUGCCCCAGCAGCGCUUUCGAAGUAUGUUUUAAGACACACAAAAAAAAAAAUAAUUCUUUUCGCAGAUUGUAUUUUUUUUUUUAAUGUUUAGAGAUGGCACUGUUUUCUCUUUGCUCCACUCUGUGCUUUGAUUGUAAAUUCAAUGCAAAGACCAAUUUUUAUGUUAUUUCUUAUUUGUUUUUUGUUUUUGUUUUUUUACAUUGCAUUAAAAUUUUGAAAUAAAUGAUCGAAAAGUUGAGA